AUGUUAAAUUUUGUUGUCAUAAUAACAUUAGUUGUUAGUGCAAAUUCAUUAAAGUGUGGAAAUUCUGAUGAAGAUAUCAACUGUGUUGCUUGUUCAAUUGAUGCAAGCAAACUAGAUAAUUGUGUUGAUUGUAUAGAAGGGUUUUAUCUCGAUUUAAACAAUGAACCAAACAACUGUAUUGCUUGUCCUAGUAACUGUUCAUAUUGUAAUGAACUUAAGUGUAUUACUUGCAACACCAAAUUUAAUUUUACUGAAUCAAAUGUCUGUGUAUCAUGUGGUAAUCAAUGCGAUACUUGUGAAUAUUCAAAUAAUGACAAAACAAUGUUAUGUACAAGUUGUGAAAGUGGAUAUUAUUUAUACAACAACACGUGUAAUAAAUGUUCGUUGACGGGUUGUGUUGAGUGUGAAUAUAUUGAAUCCAUUUCUGACGUUGGGUGUACAUAUUGUGAUGACUCGAACCUUGUUGACAAAUUUGUGAAUGUAGAUACCCAUCAAUGUGAAACAUGUGAAGAAGGAAAGUUAUUUGGUAAUUAUUGUGAUCAUAACAUUUCUUCGUGUGAAAUAGACAAUUGCGUGUUUUGUGAACAAAAUUCAACAGGAAACAAUGAGUGUCUCCGUUGCAAUACUUCAUUAUAUCUUCUUCAAAAUAAUACAUGUGGUCCAUGUGAUGGACCUACUGAUUUUAAAUAUUUUUAUACAUCUAAUUAUAUUAAAUAUUACGUUUGUGGAACUUGUGAUCCUAAUUAUCACUGUAAUGGGUGCUCAACAAAUUCUUGGGGUACACAAAUUUGUGACAAAUGUGAAGAGAAUUAUUAUAUGGACCCAAGUGACCAUCGUUGUAAUGAUUGUUCCAAGGGAUAUUUUAACAACAAUCAGUGUGAAUAUUCGUAUUAUUAUUGCAACACGAUAAUAUCUAAUUGUGUCGGUUGCAGAUCGGAAAAUGAGAGUAUAAUAUGCACUCAUUGUUACGACUCUUACUAUUUGAAUAAAACCGAUUUGACCUGCUCAAAUUGUAAUAUAGGAAAAAGAUAUACAGAAAACAAUGGAGUGUACUCAAUAUCAUAUUGUGGAGAAUGUGACCCCGUUAACAAUUGUGUUGGCUGUGAAGUAAAUGAAAAUGGGGAAGAGUAUUGCAUUAAAUGUGACAAAGGAUAUUACAUUGAAAUUAAUGGAACAAAAUGUAUUGAUUGCUCUGCUGGAAAAAUAAUUGACAAUAAGUACUGUGAUACAACACCAAAUGUUUGUGAAGAUGAAAUUGAUAAUUGUGUUAGAUGCAACAAAACAUAUUAUGGAUUGGACUGUCUACAAUGUAAAGGUAAUAGAGUUAUUUCUCUUCUAAACGGUUGUGAAGAUUGUAAUAAAGGGAAGAAAGUUGAUGAGCACACGUGUUCUUAUUGUUCAGUUCAUAGAAAAUGUUCUCUGUGUCAUGAUGAGAUAAAUAUAACGACAAACGAGAAGAAUGAAAUAUGUGAUAAUUGCACCGAUGGGUAUUACCCUAAUAAUGAAACAGGUUGUUAUAUAUACAUUUGUAAUGUGCCUUUUUGUUCUACUUGUAAAACAAACAAAGAGUGUUAUUUAUGUGAAAGUGGGUAUAUACUGAAUGACAACAACGAAUGUAAGAAAAUUGGAGAAGAUGAUAAUAAUGCAGACAAUCAUGAAAACGCUUCUGAAACGCUUUGGGUGACUAUUGUUUUGCUUUUUAUUUGGGCUUUUUUGCUUUAA